ACUCUUAUCUCUCUAUUUUUUAUAGGAAAAAUAUUUGGUACAAAAUUCUGCUUGGAACAAAAAAAAAAAAAAAACAAACAGAAAUUCAACCUUUGACUUCUCUGUCUAUCUCUACUGGUCUUCGCCUCCACCCAAGCUCUACCACCAGACCAGCCACCCCAAAAUCCCGCCCCACGUGAGGCCAUGUCAGAGGAUGCGCCACCGUUCCAAACCCAAGAUCAUGACUCUCUCACCAUUCCUUUACUCUCUCACCAGCAGCGAUCCAUUAAUUCCACCUCUCAGGUCGCCAUCGUUGGCGCCAACGUCUGCCCCAUCGAAAGCCUCGAUUAUGAGAUUGCGGAGAAUGAUUUCUUCAAACAAGACUGGAGGGCACGUGGAAAGGUCCAGAUUUUUCAAUAUAUUUUCAUGAAAUGGCUUCUGUUUUUGAUUGGCGGUUUCGUCAGUCUCGUUGGUUUCUUCAAUAAUCUCGCCGUUGAGAAUAUCGCCGGCGUUAAGUUCGUCAUCACUUCUAACAUGAUGCUUGCUCAAAGGUACUGGAUGGCAUUUCUAGUGUUUUCUCUAUCGAAUUUGGCUCUAACUCUCUUUGCCGCCAUCAUUACGGCGUUUAUUUCUCCCGCCGCUGCUGGUUCCGGUAUACCGGAAGUGAAGGCUUACUUGAAUGGCGUAGAUGCUCCGGGAAUACUUUCAAUACGAACUUUAAUAGUUAAGAUUGUGGGAAGCAUUGCUGCAGUGUCUUCUUCUCUGCUGGUCGGAAAGGCAGGGCCCAUGGUGCAUACUGGUUCCUGCAUUGCAGCAUUGUUCGGACAAGGUGGGUCGAGAAGAUAUGGUUUAACAUGGAAGUGGCUUCGUUUCUUUAAAAAUGACAGAGACCGACGAGAUCUUGUAACAUGUGGAUCGGCAGCUGGAAUUGCUGCUGCUUUCCGUGCCCCGGUCGGAGGUGUGCUGUUUGCUCUUGAAGAAAUGGCAUCUUGGUGGAGAAGUUCCCUUCUUUGGAGAGCUUUCUUUACGACUGCUGUGGUUGCAAUCGUACUUCGAGCCCUAAUUGAUGUUUGUUUAAGUGGCAAGUGUGGGCUAUUUGGUAAAGGGGGUUUGAUAAUGUUUGACGUCUAUUCAGCAAAUGUUUCGUAUCACCUAGCCGAUGUGCCUCCUGUUCUUGCUCUUGGAGUUAUUGGGGGCAUAUUGGGAAGUUUCUAUAAUUUCCUUUUAGUUAAGGUUCUCAAAGUUUAUAACCUCAUUAACGAGAAAGGCAUUUUUUAUAAAAUUUUUAUUGCUUGCACGAUCUCCAUUUUUACAUCGUGUCUGCUUUUUGGAUUACCAUGGCUUGUAUCUUGCCAAUCAUGCCCCUCAGAUGCAUCUGAAGACUGUCCCACAAUAGGCCGAUCUGGUAACUAUAAGAAAUUUCAGUGCCCCUCUGGUCACUACAAUGAUCUUGCAAGCCUCAUUUUCAACACAAAUGAUGAUGCUAUCAGGAAUCUUUUUAGCAAGAAUACUGACACUGAGUUUCAGCUCUCAACAAUGCUCAUAUUUUUUGUCACCUGCUUCAUUCUAAGUAUUUUUAGCUACGGGAUUGUUGCUCCAGCAGGGCUAUUUGUACCUGUGAUAGUAACUGGAGCAUCUUAUGGGCGUUUCAUCGGAAUGUUAAUUGGUUCUUGGGGAAAUCUUAGUCAUGGUCUUUAUGCUGUACUUGGUGCGGCUUCAUUUCUUGGUGGAUCUAUGAGGAUGACAGUCUCCUUGUGUGUUAUAAUUCUGGAAUUGACCAAUAAUCUAUUACUGUUGCCAUUAAUAAUGGUGGUUCUCCUUGUUUCCAAGACUGUAGCGGAUGCAUUUAAUGGCAAUGUUUAUGACCUUAUUAUGAAAGUAAAAGGUUUUCCAUACCUAGAAACUCAUGCUGAACCUUAUAUGAGACAGCUAACCGUUGCUGAUGUUGUCUCUGGCCCGCUUCAGCUGUGUCAUGGAAUUGAGAAGGUCGGUAAUAUCGUACACAUCCUCAAAACCACAAUGCAUCACGGGUUUCCAGUUAUUGAUGAGUCUCCACAUUCUGAAUCCCCAGUUUUGUAUGGUUUGAUCCUUCCUCAUCUUAUUGCACUGCUAAAGAAGAAAGCGUUCUUGUGCACCCCUGUGCAGUUAGGUGCUGAUGCUUUUAGACAUUUCUCGUCAGAUGACUUUGCAAAGAAGGGCUUAGGUAAUGUUGACAAGAUAGAAGACAUAGAAUUGACAGAUGAGGAGAUGGACAUGUUCCUGGAUUUACACCCUUUUACCAACGCUUCACCGUACACAGUUGUGGAGACGAUGUCACUAGCUAAGGCUCUCAUACUUUUCCGUGAAGUUGGUCUGCGACACCUACUUGUCAUACCCAAGAUCUCUAGCAGAGCACCAGUGGUGGGCAUAUUGACAAGGCAUGAUUUCAUGCCGGAACACAUAUUAGGUUUGCAUCCAUCGUUGGUAAGGAGCAGGUGGAAAAGAUUGAGGUUUCAAUUCCCCCUUUUACUGAAAAUAUUCUAGGUGGGGGAUCUCAUUCAGUUGUUGCAAACGGGGCUUACUCUUGGGAUUAAAUUUGUAUAUAGUCUUGCACUCUUAAACUGCACCGAGUUGUACGAUGAUUCUCUCCCUUUAUGAUUCAGCACCCUCAUUUAGCUCGCAGGCGAAGACUAACCCAGCGAGGAAUCGCAUGAACCCAUCCAAAAUUUGUAUUUUGCAUUUACUGCAGGAGUUGAGGCAAGUCAGAAUCUUCCAACCUUGACAAUUUUUGCUUUUGGUUAAAUCUCUUUGUAUGCAUUAAUAAACUAGUUACGGCUUUCUGAAAGAGCUUUCUUGAA